AUGAUUAAGCUAGCUAUUUAUAUGCUAGCCAAAAUGGGCCCAAGUAAAGGAAAAGGUCCACUAAUAGCCAAAUAUGCGCCUGCUGGUUUUAAGAAAGGAUUUGGAGCUAUUGGAUUAGGAAGGCAUACUAAAAAAGGUUUUUUUAUAAUUAACAAAAUGCUCGUACCAAAUUUUCAUGUCCCAGAUUUAAGCGAUUGUAAUUUAAAACCAUAUGUUUCAAGAAAAACGCCAUUAAUUGUUAUGAAAAAACAAUUAGGUCCCAAAAGAAAAAUUUUAAAUUAA